AUGGAUAACUAUAAUCUAAGACAGACAGAUACAAGUGACGCUCUUUUAUUUAAAUCAGAAUCUAUUUUAGAGGAGAGAAAGUGGGGAGGAGACCCUUUCAAAUAAGACUAAGACUUCGGCUAUCAAUCAUCUAGGAGGAGUAGCAAUGGAGGAUUUUUCCAUGGUAAGAUAAAAUAGGCUAGCAAGAAGGGGAAGAAGUCUGAAAAUGAUAUGCAAUUUACGGCAUCUAUCGAUUUAUUCGAACAAAAGCUUCGCAUCAAGCUAGAUGACUCACACAGACAGGGAGCUAACUUAGCAGGCAGGGAAAUCCUUCAUGACUUUGGUUUGAGAGAUAUCCUGAGUGCAAGACAGGACGAGGAAGACGGCAAGAUUAUGCAUUUGUGGACUUUUAAGAGACAUAAACUAGCCAAGAAGUGCUGUGGAAGUAAGAGCAGGUACAUUAGGAAGCUAGAGGAUUUUUAAUUGGUUGGUGAGUCUGAUAAAAAGACUAGAGAGUGGUGUAUAAUAAUCUAGAAUGCUGCCGAAGGUGCUCCCUAAUCUGAUGGUAAACAUAAGAAAAUAGUUUUGAUAUUUUUAAUAGAAUUUCCUAAAAAGAGAAGAGUAUUAGUGCUAGUGAAUCCAUUUUCAGGCAGAAGACUGGCUGCAAGAAUGUGGGAAAUAGCAAGACCCAUUUUGGAGAAAGCGCAUAUUGACAUGAAAAUAGUGAUGACUGAAAGAGCUGGUCAUGCCUAUGAUAUGGUUAAUUUAGAGAUUAAGCAAGGUGACUAUGAUGGAAUAGUCACUGUAAGCGGAGAUGGACUGAUACACGAGGUAGUUAAUGGGCUUUAUCGUAGACAGGAUAGGCUUCAGUUAAUGUCAACUUUGAGCUUAGGGUUUAUCCCUGGCGGUUCAGCUAAUGGAUUGGUUAAGGCUGUGCUUUCUUAUGCAGAAGAGGAGUACUCAGUUCUUAAUGCUACAUUCUUAAUAGCUAAGGGCAGACAGAUGAAGAUGGAUUUAACUGAGAUUGAAGGGGAAUACCAGAAGGAGAAGAUUUAUUCCUUUUUGUCUCUAUUUUGGGCUAUCUUAGCAGAUUGCGAUAUCAAUUCUGAGGUGUUUAGAUGCUUGGGGCCAGCCAGAUUUACAAUUUGGGGAAUCUAUAGAAUUAUGUGUACCAAAAGAUACGCAGGAUCAAUUUACUAUACUGGCUAGCAGCUGAGAUCAAAGCAUGACUUAAAUAGUCUUAAUGAAGAUGAGUUCUCUCCUGACUUGCCUGAAUUGAGUGAAGAGCCAGUGAGGCAUGAAGAGAAUCCUGAUGAAUAUUGCUUUAGAAACCUUCAAUUCAGUCAUGUACUUAUAUAGAACACUCCUUAUAUUGGAAGCUCACUGCACACAGGUCCAUUAUCUACUCUUAAUGAUGGCUAUAAUGACAUGAUAACUCAGACAAUAUAAGCGGGUAAAUGUGCCUUAGGAAAAAUCCUUAUAGAUGAAGACAGUGGUGCAUACUUUGAUAAGAGAGGAAAUAUCAAGCCAUCUCUUCACAUCAAGUACACUAAAUGCAAAGCUUGGAGAAUAGAUCCAUUAGUUAAAGGACCAAGACCGGAAAACAACAAUAAUGGCAUACCUGAGUCAACACCUCUGACCAGAAAUGAAAGUCUUGAUCCUAACAGGAAUGCUCUCCAAGAAGAGUCCAAGGAAUCUGGAUAGAUUUAGAGUAGCAAGAAUUCUGAUAUGAAUUUCAACAAGAGUGGAGAUGCAAAUAAGAUUUACAGGUACAGCUAGGAUGCAAUAUUCUCAAUCGAUGGAGAAAAGUACCCCGCCCAAAAAGUUCAGGGCAGAGUUCUCAAAAGUGCACUCCCAAUUUAUUGCUGA